AUGACAGAUAAGUCCAUGCCUAAGAAGUUUCUGCGCGGCUCCACGCUCUUGCUUGGUUGUGUUUUGCUUGGAAUCCCUGGUGAAAUGACAUCAAUCAUUAGCACUGUGAACUGCCAAGAUUACAACAGUACGACGACGCAAGUCAUGGAUCCAGUCAGCAACUCUACUGAAGAAAGAGCGAAUGCCGUUAUGACUGUUGUUGGGCGAUUCGUAAAUGAAGCGGAAAUAUUCGCUCACAAGAUACUACCAAACAAUAAGGUUGAAGCAGUGGUACUUGCUGUGUAUACGAAGAGCCUCCAAUCUAAAAAGAUCACGUCGAAUCUGUUUGAGACGACAGAAUUAUUGGAUUUGUGGACCGCCAUUACUAAAGUCAAAUCUCUGCAUGAUGAACGAGUAAAGGAAUUGCGAUCUCGUCUUGUUAGUAUCUACGACACAGCCGGUUUGAUGAAGCAUAUCCGAGAAGGUCUAGCUAACGACGCGCCAUCAAAUAACUUGGCUAAAGUGCUUUGGGAUUCUCAAGUCACUGCCUGGAGCAAGGACCGCACGCCAUUGAUAACUGUGUUCAAGGAGCUAGAGCUCAACAAGUCUCCUCUCGACUGGAACAAUCCACUCUUCCCAGCUUUCAUUGAAAUCGUAAACAAGCUAAAGACUGCUUCAGGGAUAACGAAAGACUCUUAUGAUGUCCUAUACGAAAUGCUGAUAACGUGCCAUGGAGGCAAAGCGGGAGUCGACAACAUCAUUCACGCUGCAGCACGAGCGGUCAAAAAGGGAAAUCCCGUGCCGGAGGUCCUAGUGAAGUUGAUGCAGACUACAUGGAAGGAAAACAGCCCCCAAGCAGAUGAGCUUCUCGAGCGCUUUUUCUCCGACGUAUCAUUACCCGACAUUCUGACGUCCCAACUUCUUCCAGUGUGGAAAGAUUAUGCUGAAUCAAGCAAAUUUGAUUGGGCAUCAAUAUUACUGAAUCACUUCUUGACCAUCACCAAGCAUGAGAUUGACAAUGAAAAGGUUCUAGCUCGAACUUUGGCCGAUGAGAGAUUGAAAGAUUCUGAAUCGCAGUUUAUUGCUCGGUCUGUGGAGAAGAAGCUGCUUAGCCGUUGGCAUGAGAAGUCGAUUCCAUAUGAUCAGGUGCUUACAAUACAAGAAAUUCGAGUGACACAGGGUCAAAUCACCUCCCAGCCCCAUCGUGUCGAGUCAUGGAUCGCUUAUCUUGCUGAAUGUGGCAACAUAGAGUCUACACUAUAUGACGCGUCAAGACCGCGUUUGAGUGAGAACCAAAUUGCCAGCCUUUUUUCGGUCAAAUGUACUAGCAGCGAAGCUUCGGAAGUUCUUGAUGGCGUAAGAAAGAACUUGUUCGAUUUUUGGCAGCGCAAAGGCAAGACAUCAAACGAUGUUUUCGAAAUUUCCUUCAAAGAGGAUGGCAAAGAGCUUUUUGAUAAGCCAGAGCUAACAUUUUGGGAAUCCUAUAUGGUAUAUCGAUUUGGUGACAAGGCACACGCAGAGAUGCUCAAAUUUUUGCGAGACCACAAAUAUAGUGACGAAUUGCUUGAGUCAUCUUUGUUGCGAAGUCUCUCACGAGCCACUGCAACUCCGAUAAGCGCUGACCAAGAGCCGCCAGCUGAAGUUAAAUUACUAGUCCAAUUUUGGCUUGAGAAGCAAAUGUCUGAGCUUCAGGUUCGACAACAUAUGAAGCUCGAUGAUGUGGCCAACCCCGCGUGGGAUCGCCUUUUCUCUGUCUGGAUUACUUUUUAUGCCAAACAGAAAUAUCCGGAGUUGGGUUUUAAACCUGCAAUCGACAAAGCAACAACGAAUGAUUUAUAUCCUCAGUUCGCUUUUGCUCGGAUGCUUGCUGAGGCUGCGAUUCACCACGAAUCUGAUUUUGUUCUUCAGAUGCAGAAAAACCAGUUUCAAUACUGGAACGCUCAAUCGGAACAAUGGAAAGUUAAUCUUUUUAGCGAGCUACACGGUGACCCACUGAACGCGAUCGACCUUCGAGUCACGGAAGACUAUGUAGAAUUCGGUCGAAUUGGAUCACACUAG